GUAUUGCUCAUAACAGUGAAGCUCCUCAUGGCAGAAUGAAGCACGGCAGUUUAUUUUUAUUGCAAACUUGCAUGAAUGAAGAUUCAUGUGUGAAAUUUGUCUGACAGAGCAAGAUGAACCAGGCUUCUCUGGGUUACUCUUCUAUUGUUUAUCCUCACAACUCUGAACAGCGUCUGCCUUCAGUUUCCAAGGCCACUAACCUGACUGAGGUAACUCCAGCUAAGAAGAUAACUUUCUACAAGAGUGGUGAUCCACUGUUCACUGGUGUAAGAAUGGCCAUUAACAAAAGGACAUUCAAAACAUUUGACGCCCUCUUAGAUGAUCUCACCAAGAAGGUAUCACUUCCAUUUGGUGUGCGUACAGUGACAACCCCUCAUGGAGUUCAUAACAUCAACACUUUGGAGCAAUUGGAAGAUGGAGGCAUGUAUGUCUGUUCGGAUAAAAAGCAUGUCAAACCAAUCAAUUUGAAUACAGUUGGAAGAAAGCUAACUGCGCGGCAGGGCAAUAACACAACUAAUACCCAUCAAAAUAUUGCAAAGAGGGCAAGACAGGAAGAUGGACAAGUGCAUCGUGUUCAUGCAGCGCAUAAAAAAAUAACACUCAUUAAAAAUGGGAACGUUGGCAUCCAAUAUUCAAUUGUACUACACAAAGGAAAUAUACACAGCUUCAGAAGUUUUCUCGAAGAUAUCUCUGAACUCAUGCAGUAUAAUGUGACCAAACUUUACACAAUGGAUGGAAGAAGUAUUGGCACCUUGCAGGCUCUUCUUCAAAGCCCUAAUGUGCUGGUGUGCGUUGGAUCUGAAGGUUUCAAACCAAUUAUGAAUGAAGAUGUCAGAGGACCAUCUGAAAAGCUGCCAGGUGUGCCAAGGAGGUCUCGGACCGAAAGCAAUAAUGAUUCAGCUGAUACCAAGAAAAACGAUAACUUUGGACUAGAAACUAAGAAAAGCAUAAUUCAUCCCAGAACACCAUCUCGGUCAUCCAGAUUUUCAUUAUCAUCAGACAAGUUAUUUCCUAAUACCUUGAAUAUGUCCUCAAACAACAAUGGGCAAACUUCAUUUGUGGAUCAACCACGUGAGAAUAAUUCCGAACUUAUUGAUUCUAUGAUAGAUGACAAUAUUGAGAAAAGAGUUAAAGUGAACAAGGAUGGCAGCCUUUCCGUGGAAAUGAAGGUUCGAUUUCGUUUGCUUAAUCGUGAGACACUUCAAUGGUCCACACAGAUCAAGAGAUCCAGUUUGGCUGGGAAAUCCAUGAAUGAACGUUUGUGUUCAGUGGAAGGCCAUGCCACGGAACAGGCUGAUCAAAGUAAUAGUUUUGAUGAAUCAUUUUAUCCAGCCGAUGGUGAUGACACCUGUGUUUCAAAACUCGAUGGAGCAGAAGCUGAAGAACUCUGCUGUGAGAACUGCUGCAAGUGUUGUCAAGGGUACGAUAUUUGGAAAAAUCCAUUGUAUGCUGAUAAUAUUACAGAAGUGAACUCCAGAAAUGGCAAAUACACUCACUCUUCUCAUUCAAGCACAUUACCAUGCCGACGUGUAACGUACAAAAGCGAAUCUGUUGAAAGCAUGCAAACAGCAUCAAGUGAAGAAUAUACACAUAUUGUACAUCAGAUAAAAAGCCAUUCAGAGUCUGUGGAAAAUAGGGACGAGGGAGCAGAAUAUUGUUCCCUGAGUCACUGUAGUAGCCAAAGUGGUGGCUAUACAUCUAGUUCUAAAAGUGUAGGAUAUCAUGAGAGUAAAACAUCUUUUUCUAGGAGUCAAAGUGCCAUUGCUUAUCAAUUUUCAUCACAUGGCUCUUCAAACAACAGUCAUCAAAACCUACAUGAUGGAGAUCUUUCCUGUGUUUCCAAAUGCAAUUCCAUCGGUUCCUCAAAGGGAAAGGUUGCAGUAAAAUCAACAGACAUGGCAGAAAAUGACAGGCUUGCUGCUUCGUACACCGGUUUUGCAGAUUCAAAAGUUGAUUUAAAAGAUGCUAACAUUAAAGCAACUGAUGAUGAACAAGCAAGUAACAUUAUUGCAUCUCGUCAUUGUGCAAAAUGCAAGAAACAAAUUAAACUGGAGGAUGAUUCCAAAGCAAGUUCUCAAAAUGGAUCUGCAAAUGGGUCAAAAUGUUCAACUAAUGAUUGGAAAGAAUCAGCUGCAUUGAACCAAUUGCACUCAAGCAUUAAAUCAAACUCUCCUACCCAAAUUACUGGUAAAAUAAAUGACACAAGUGAUACUGGGGGUACCGAUGAAGGCAAAGCAUAUUCACUUGAAUCCAGUUGCUCCAUUCACAGUGAUAAAAUGUCAGCUCAGGAAAUAUAUGAGGACAAUAGACCGGCAAAUAACAUUUCAUUAUCUUCAGCAAAAUCCAAAACUGGUAGUCAUAUUAAGAUAGAUUUAAAUGAAUUGGAAAGACAUUGUACUCCUAAAAUCCAUGGCAAAAAUUAUGAUAUUCAUGGAAGACCAAUAAGCAACACAACCGACGCAUCUUCUAAAAAGAACAAAAAACAAUCAACAAAUAAGCAGGCAGAAGAUGAUUCAAUUCCUUCUCGUUCAACUAACUCCUUAGGAUCAUUGACUGACGGUAAAGAUGAUAAUGUUUCAUGUUCAGACUUAAAUGGAAAAAAUAGAGUGAAACUAAAAUCUCAGUCAGCUACUUCCACCCAUUAUGAACAAUCAGCAGCAAGCCAAUGUGCAAAACAUAUUGUGACAAAUUUCAAUGACAAAAGUCGAAUAUCCUCUGAAUUGUUAAAUGAUAGCCUUUCUGACAGCUUAAGUAGAAGUGAAAGUGCCAUUUCAGAGGAUGAUGGGAGUUCUUCCACAUGUGUACCUGACAAUACUGAACCAAAUUUAAAAGCUGCUGAAAAUGUAAAAACAAGCAAUGAGGAUAAAACACUCUCUUCAACAUCGGAGUUACAAAAUGAAGUCAGUAUAGGAAUGGAGCAAGUAAGAAGCCAAACAGCUAGCAGGAUUUGUAGUGGUAUUUCUAAAGCAUCUGCUGUCAAGGCUGAUGAAAGUCAAGAAAUGCAGCAAGUUGAAAGCAAACCAGAAAACAAUGAUAUUUCAAUACCUCCAACUAUAGCAAAGGUAGAUCUUUUGUCUUGUAAGACAAAUGAAAAAGCAGCAAUUGAAAUAAACACAGUGGCAGAAAAUGUUUCUGUUCAGAGCAUGCCUCAGUCUUUGGAGCAAAGAGGAAAGGGUGGUGGUAAAAGGACUCCACAUUCACACACAGAACCAGGUCAGAAAUCUAAAAGGAGCUUGACUCCUAAUAAAGUAACAGAUAAAACACUUACUGAAUUUAAGCCACCCACACCAGGAGCUGAAUCGAAUUUAAUUGAAGGAAGCACCAGUCAAAAAUCUCAGAAAGAAAACAGCAUUAAAAGUGAUAAUGACAAGAAGAGUGAAAAAGUCAGUAGCAAAGAAAAAAAUAAGCAUAAUAAUAAUGUAAAACAAAAUAAAAUAAAAAAAUCUAAUCAUCCUGUUGCAGUUGCAUGUGGAAAGAAUUAUCUUAUACCCGGUGUAUUGCCAAAUCCAUCUCUUGAAGAGGCUGUUCAUGAAUGGUUGAAGAAUAUUCCAUCAGAGAACAUGCUCAUCAAAUAUGACAGCAUUGAGGAGUUCCAAGGUAAGUGUGAAAAAUCAGCAGCAGGUGUGACAGAAGGAGAAAAAACUGAAGAGUGUACAAAAACAUUUGAAGAGAAACCACAUGAAGUGGAAUCUACUGCAACCAAUCUUGAUUUUAAAGAGCAAAACAAUUUUGAGUUGGAAACAUUGGAAUGCAGCAAUAGUUCAAAAGCAGAAGAUGAAAUUUCAGCCCAGCCUAAUGUCAAAGCGGCAGAUAUACUGCAAUCUAAGCCAAUUAGUUCUUGCUGUUCCACAAUGAAGCAAAGUCUACGAGAUGACAUUUUACCAAGCAACGUGCAUUCCCCUGUUGAGGUUAUAAAAGUUUUUCUUUCUUCUAGGCAGAGAGUAAAAAUGGACAGGUCAAAUAGUGUGCCCGAUUUAAAUAUUGCACAUGAGAGAAACCUAAGCCAUUUAGCCAAGGCCCUGUUGACAUGUCUUGCCAGUCUGCAGUUUUUUGAUAAAGAAUCUUCUGAUUCUGCGAGCAAGUUCAACAAUGUUGAGAAUUCUGCACAGAAAGAGCUUUUAAGUAUUUUAAAGUCACUCUGGUAUACUGACAUUGCUAAAGAAGGUGAAGGAGAGCUCUCCCAAAGUGUUGUUAAAAAUUCCAAAACUUUUAAAGGCCAUAAUUCAGCUGAUGAUAACAUAACGCCGGUCUCCUCUUCUGGAGUGGAUGUCAACAGUGGAUCUGGAGGUUCAGGAGAUGGUAGUGUGAGUGGGGGAAAGGAUGUCUCUCCAGCAGCAGAGAGAAACAAAAGUGACUUAAAAACAAAAACCUGUACCAGCAAGACAGAUGAGAUAUCAAAGCAAAAUCAACCUUCUAUAAUGACAAACUCAUUUGAAGAGUGCUCUAAAAUAUAUACUGAACAAAAUGAGAAAUAUGAAAAAAACUCAAUAUCGUCCAUAGAGUCUGCAGUGACAAAUGCUUCACAGAGGAAGGCAAAGGUAAGAAGCUGCAGAAAUGCAGAGCACAAGUCAAAAGAUAGUAAUAACUUUGAAAAACGGUCUCUUUCAAGAAACUCAAAAUUAUCGCAGUCAGAUAUUACCUCAUCCAGUUCAGUUACCCAAGACAUAGCUUGCCAUGUCCGAUGGAACAGCGAGGAGCAAAGUAAUGAUAAGCAUUUUGUCAAAAAUGCAGACAACGUAGGGAAUGGCACACAGGACGCAACUCACAACUUACAGGAACAGCAUGCUCCAGGAGCAGAAGGAAUGAGGCCAUCUGCUAAGAACAGCAUUAAUAUGGAAGACAUGGUUCAUCAUAACAAGGCAAAAGAUUAUAAAGAGGGAGUCAGUACAAGCAAGCCUGAAGAAAUUGACGAAACAACAAAAACAUUUGAUAAUAUCAAUGGAAUAAAAGUAUCAGAGGAAAUAGCAAGUGCUAAUACAGCACAAGAGGUCAUGGCUAAGGUAAAGGCUGUGCCAAUAGAAAGGAAAUUAGCUGAUCCUGAUCCAGCUUGGUUACUCAAACUGCUGAUAAAACUGGAAAAGCAAUUUAUUACACAUUAUGUGGACGCAAUGAAUGAUUUUAAAAUUAGAUGGAAUUUAGAACCCGAUGGACGAUUAGAUCAGAUGAUUGAGGAAUUAAGAGAUGACGUCAGUCGAAGAAUGCAAGGAAGCAUUGAAAGAGAGUUUAGAAAAGUCCAAGGUAGGGCAGGUAAGAAGAAGCCGUCACCUCCACAGGAACCACAGAGAUGCGAGUCAUCCGGGCAAACAGAACAGAGACGGAGACGGCUAAAAGCCAUGUAUAAAAUGGAAACAUUUUCUCCAUCUUCUAAAGAAUCUGAUCAUGAGUACAGCGCAAAUGAUUUUUCAUCUCUGGCAUGUGAUGAGAAUCUGAGUUCCCAUCUGAAGGGAGGUGACAAAGUUGAUGCUCAAGAUCAGCUUGAAAAAGUAUGUCCUUGUGAUUACAGCACAGGUAAAUACAAGUCUCCAAACCUUGCAGCAAAUCAAAAGCAAACCAAAACUUUGGUCAAAAACUUUGAUUUGAAAGAAAUCCUUAGAAUGAAAAUGAAUAGACCUAAUGAGCAAAUAACAAAACAGAUUAGCACAGAUGGGGCCGAGGAAUUAUUGAACAAGGAAAUUAAGAAAAGUGGUUGUAAUGAGAAUGAAGCGUUGGAAUCUGGUUAUAUUAACAAUGAAGUCGGUCAGAAUUUAGGGGAUAUUAAAGAAGUAGAUAUAUGCAAUGAUGAUCAAGGAAAUAAAAGUGAAGUUGGAGAAUUAGCAAAAAUAAAAUCAAUUGAUGGCCAAAAGACCAAUGAAGAUCAAGGUGAUCUGGUUUAUAAAGAUGAAAGUCUGCAUCAAAAUGACAAAGCAAAUCCCCAGUGUGCUGAGUGCAAAGCAGGUGACAGUGAACAUAAUAACGAAGAAGCCAGCACUAUAACUAUGAAAUGCAAAGAGCAGAAUGAAGAAGAUGAUUUAAUAUCCAAUGAUACAGAUCUAGAGACAAGAAAUGAUAGUAAAUUAGAAUCACCAAAUUCUUAUAGUCCGAAAAUGUCCGAAAACAAUGUAAGCGAGACUGUGGAGAAUAAUGUUAGAGAUGAUGAGGUUCAAAAUUUGGAUAACAAUGUUUCAGAGGAGCACGUAAAAUCUGAUGUUAUUAAAAACUUCCACAAAGAGGUAUUGGACAUGAACGGAGCAUUAGCUACAAGUGGGAAUGUUAUCAAUUGCCCACAGCACUCUGGAGAGGGAGCACUAGAAGAUUCCACUGAAGAAAACACGGCUGAUAACAUUCAGGGGAGUGCUAAAGAAGCUACAAGCAGCAGUUCAAAUAGUGCAGGAAACAAAUCGUCCCAAAUGUACCCAGGAAGCACAUCAGAUGAAGACAGAAAAAGCAUUGGUACAAGUGCUGAAGUAUCUGAAGAUGAGAAAGAAACAAGACAUAAUUCAGCCACCGAUCCUGAGCAUAAAGUUUCUAUGAGGAACCAAUCAAAGAAACCUAGUUGCAAUGAGUUCAAUGAGGAUGAUCUGGAUUUUUAAGCAUUCCGAAAAAUGGCUGAUAAUAAUUCUAAUCAAUAUGGUUACAUUGAGUUAAACAAGUUUAAACCAAUUAUUAAAUUUCUCCACAUAUAUAAAAUAUUAGUGUAAUAUAAGAAUA